UGCGCUUGGCACCGAAUUGGGCUCUGGUAAAGAAGGAGGACUGCGGUAUUUGGAAUUCUGUGAACCCGUGGAUGUAGGUGACGGGCGCCCACGAGUGCGGCGGCGGGGGAGGGGAGAUUAAGAUUCCGUUCCGGUGCAGCUCGCGAAACGACAGUUCUGUGUCUGUUAGUUUCCAUGGAGACGGAAAUAACAGUUGAAGGAGGCGGGGCAUCUGAGUGUCGUCUCCUCGGCCUUCCACCCCGCACUCACAUCUUCCCAUUUUUAAAAAGCCGUCAAUAGUUUUGAGAGUGGCUCUCUUAAGGCUGUCACUGGCUUCUAUAUUGCGGGGUUUCCCCCGGCCUUAUUGGCACCGGAGGGGUGGGAGGAGGAGGAGGAACAGGCCGUUGAACGGCAUUUUGAUAGGCAGAAAUACAUUUGAUGCACUGAUGGGGAAGCUACGUUUCAGUAGCUCCUAAGAAAAUGGUUCUGCUCCAUGUGAAGCAUGGCGAUGAGAGCCAGUUUUUGCUGGAAACAACAGGCAGCACUUCCAUUGAAGAUUUAACAUUAGUAGUGACAAGGAUCUACAAUGGGAGGCUCAAAGUUCAACGUGUUUGUGCAGAAAUGGAAAUGCUGGCAGAACAUGGUAUUUUAUUACCUCCUAACAUGCAAGGUCUGACAGAUGAACAAAUUGAAGAGCUGAAGCUGAAAGAUGAAUGGGCAGAAAAAUGUAUUCCAAGCGGUGGAAGUGUCUUUAAAAAAGAUGAAAUUGGGCGAAGAAAUGGCCAUGCUCCAAAUGAAAAAAUGAAGCAGGUUCUAAAAGCAACAAUAGAAGAAGCUAAGGCACUAAUUUCUAAGAAACAAGUUCAAGCCAAUGUAUGUGUUAAUACGGAUAUGGUGAAAGAUGCACUGGACCAGCUCCGAGGAGCUGUGAUGAUUGUUUAUCCGAUGGGACUGCCUCCAUAUGAUCCAAUUAGAAUGGAGUUUGAAGAUAAAGAAGAUCUGUCAGGAACUCAUGCUGCUCUUGAGGUUAUUGAGGAACCAGAGGCACAGUUAUGGUGGGCAGCAAAGGAGCUGAAAAGAACAAAUCAGCUUUCUGACUAUGUAGGCAAAAAUGAAAAAACCAAAAUUAUUGUUAAGAUACAGAAGAAAGGACAAGGUGCUCCAGCCCGAGAGCCUGUUAUAAGUAAUGAAGACCACAAACAAAUGAUGCUUUAUUAUUACAAAAGACAAGAGGAACUAAAGAAAUUAGAAGAAAAUGAUGAUGAUUCCUGUUUAGAUUCUGAAUGGGCUGAUAGUCAUGCCUUGAAAAGACAUUUUCAUGGUGUUAAGGACAUCAAAUGGAGACCAAGAUAAAAUGAUUUGCAUAGAUUGUUUAUUUUUAACAAGAUUAAUGGAUCUACUGGUUAUACUGGAAACAUGGAUGCAAAUUGUACAUUGUUGAUUCUCAAUUCCAGUGCCAUAGAAGAGAUUCAUUAUGAAGUUUGGUUCAAUAUAGCAAAGUCUUAUGCACAAGCUACACUUUAGCAGUAGAAGAACAAGGGUUGUAUUGUGUUGGAAAUCAGUUUUAAUAGACUAUUAAAUCAGAUGCUUACAUUUUAAACCAAUUUCCUAAGAAAGCUAUGAUACUAAUAAAUAACUUAGUCCUUGUUCUGCAGUUCUUCUGGUCCCAUUAUUCUACUGUAGGCAUGCUUAUGCAACAUUCGAUAUCUCUUUGAAGCAACACUUUUCUUUGAUUGUGUUUUGCAUCUGGCAGAUUCAAAACUGUUAAUGGAUAAAGCAAGUGCAAUUAAUUAGCAUUAUCCGCUAUCCUCUUUCACAUUAGCUAGGUUCCAGUGUGGAAUAUAACAAGCAUUUGCCUUUGGAUAGUUGUAAACAGUUGAUUAUUGCUAGAGACCAGCCGCACAGUUCCCUCAUAACCUAUAUAAUUCUGAACUUGUCCUAGAUUGUGGGUCAAAAAUUCACGGAGCCAGAGACAAAGGAGACAGUUUUCUGCAAACUUGAGGAAAGUCCCAGGUUUGCGGAAACAUCUGAUUUAAAAAAAAAUACACAAGGGUUUUAAGAAAUCCCAAAAUCAUCAAAACAUUUACCAAGAAUGCUACUGAGAUCUAAUUCUCACAAGACUAUGUGAUGGCCAUUUUAAAGGGGCAUUAGACAAUCCACUUCCAUGCCUUGGCUGAUGGGUGCUGGGGGGAAAUCCUACUGACCAGGUUCUUCUGAUUGAGGGGAAGGCUAAUUUCACCGUAUGGCUGUGCCACCCCAUCCAGGCAUGGUCAUCUAACUCUUGUAAGCAUGCUUCCUGGGUGACUGCCUCUGUUUUAUGGAAUAGCAUCCCUGAAGAGUUGUACUGGGUGGGGGAGAUGCCAGACUAUUGUUGUUUGCAUGCAUACCAAAGACCCAGUGACUAAUCAGUGCUAAGUGUUUUAAUACUGACCAUCUUCUGGCAGCAGUGAAGAAGAAGAGGAGAUUGGAUUUAUAC